UUAAUACUUUAUACUUCUCUAUAUAUAUUACCUCCAUUUGCUACAUUUCUGAUUUUCAUAUAUAUGAUUUUGAUUGCUUUAUCUUCAAGAGGGUUCUCUCCUUCUCCAUACCUAAUACUAGCAAAUUAAUAACAAGAAUAGAAUGGGAAAACUUAUCGGCAUUUUCGCAUGUUUCUUGAUAGUGACAUUGGACGUCAUUGCCGGCAUUCUAGGAAUCAAAGCCGAAGCCGCUCAAAACCAGGAAAAGCAUUUGAGGCUAUGGAUAUUCGAGUGCAAAGAGCCGAGCCACGAUGCAUUUGUCCUUGGUGUAGCUGCGGCUACUCUUCUUGCAUUGGCUCAUGUUUUAGCUAAUUUGGUGGGAGGGUGCAAUAUUUGCAGCCAAGAUGAGUUCCAUAAAGCUCCACCUAGCAAGAAGAUCUCUCUGGCUUGCCUUGUUUUCACUUGGAUAAUAGUGGCGGUUGGGUUGUCGAUGUUGGUGAUUGGGACAACGGCGAACAGGAAGUCGAGAGCUUCGUGUGGAUUCACGCACCACCAUUUUCUAUCGACAGGCGGGAUUUUGUGCAUGGUUCAUGCACUCUUUGCAGUCGCCUAUUAUGUUACUUCAACUCAUGUGCUUCAUUGAAUGUAGUUUGAUGGUUAUGUCUGGACUUUUUUUUUCUCUGUUAUUUCCAAUCUUAAUUCCUUCUAAAUUUUUUUCCGUUAAUUGUUUGGUGUUUUGUUUCAAACUUGUUAUUUAUGGCUACAAAAGUGAUUUCUAGAGUUUCAACAUUUUCC